CCGAGAGGCCAGAUCUCGCGAGCCUUGGAGUGUCUCGCGAUGUCUGGGUUGUGCCCGCCGCUGCCUUGGCUACCAGGCUCCUCGGGUGGCCGCUCUUGCAUUCGGGCUACGGAGGCCGGGUUGCCAGAUUACGGGAAAGUAUUUCAAGUUCAUGGAGUAAUAAGAGUAAGAGUGAUAUAGGAUCUGCCGAAAAUCCCUCCAGACAGUUGGAAAAGAAGAAUUUCUAGACUCUUCAUUAAGAUCUUCAUUCACACAAUUGUUAAAUCCAAGGCUACUGAGGUGAAACCAUGAAUAAAAAUACAUCUGCUGUGGUAUCAUCUGGUCUACUUGAAAAGGAUCCUGCCUUUCAGAUGAUUACUGUUACCCAGGAAACAGGCCUUGGUCUGAAGAUCAUAGGAGGCAUUAACCGGAGUGAAGGUCCCUUGGUAUAUAUUCAGGAAAUUGUUCCUGGCGGAGACUGUUAUAAGGAUGGACGUUUGAAGCCAGGGGAUCAGCUUGUCUCGAUAAACAAGGAAUCUAUGAUUGGUGUAUCAUUUGAAGAAGCAAAACGCAUAGUUACCAGAGCCAAGCUGAGGUUAGAAUCUGCUUGGGAGAUAGCAUUCAUAAGACAAAAAUCUGAUAGCGAUCAUCCAGAAGAUCCACCAUGUCCAUCCUUUUUACAAGCUUCAGGAGAAUGUGGACCUCAAACCUCAACAUUUAGUCUUCUUUCUUCUCCCUCGGAAAUACUAAUUCCAAGGACCUCAUCCACUCCCAGAACUACAGAAACUGUUUUACGUUCUGUUAAGAUAAAUCAGGUAAAAACUGGAUACAAGAAAACAGAGCAGACUCCAGUUGCUUCUUUGGACAACAGCGCUACAGAUACGUCUAAUGCAGAUAUUACCCCUGCCUGGACUGGUAAUUAUGGAACACGAGGAAAGAAGAUUUCCCUAAAUUCCUCUGUUCGCCUUAAGGCAGAGAAACUGGAAUUGGCCUUAAAUUAUCUUGGUAUUCAGCCCACGAAGGAACAGUACCAAACCCUGAGACAGCAAGUGCAAGCAGAUGCAAAGGGGACAGUGUCUUUUGGAGAUUUUGUCCAGGUUGCCAGAAACUUGUUUUGUUUGAAGUUGGAUGAAGUAAAUGUUGGUGCACGUGAAAUUUCCAGCAUAUUAGAAUCACAGCAUCUUCCCUGUGAUUCCUUAGAAGCAGAUGAAAAGGAAAAACUUAAGCGUGAAAGACAUGAUGCCUUGGAAGAAGUGAAUACACUUAAGGAAAAAUUACUUGAAUCAGAAAGGCAAAGGAAACAAUUGACAGAAGAACUCCAGAAUGUGAAACAAGAAGCCAAAGCUGUAGUUGAAGAAACGAGAACCCUGAGAAGUCGGAUUCAUCUUGCUGAAGCUGCACAGAGACAGGCACAUGGAAUGGAAAUGGACUAUGAAGAAGUGAUCCGUCUGUUAGAGGCUGAGAUUACAGAGCUAAAGGCUCAGCUUGCUGAUUAUUCUGACCAAAAUAAAGAAAGUUUUCAGGAGUUAAGAAAGAGAAUCACAGUACUUGACUGCCAAUUACGAAAAUCAGAGAUGGCAAGAAAAACUUUUGAAGCAUCCACUGAAAAACUUCUUCAUUUUGUAGAGGCUAUUCAAGAAGUAUUUUCUGAUAAUUCUGCCCCUUUAUCAAAUUUAAGCGAAAGAAGAGCUGUGUUAGCUUCUCAGACUUCCCUCACGCCACUGGGAAGGAACGGACGUACCGCAGCACUGGCACUUGAAUCUAAGGAGCUUGUUAAAUCUGUUCGUGCCAUACUUGAUAUAGACUGUCUACCUUACGGGUGGGAGGAAGCUUACACAGCAGAUGGAAUCAAGUACUUCAUCAAUCAUGUAACACAGACCACAUCCUGGAUCCAUCCUGUGAUGAGUGCACUGAACCUGUCUUGCUCGGAGGAAAAUGAAGAGGAUUAUUCCAGAGAACUUCCCGACCAGAAGAGCUAAUGGUUUUCUGUUGGAAGCUGAACUCUGUGGUCUUCUGGGAUCUCAGUCUACAUGGAUGGUCUGAGACUCAGCCAUCUAAAAUGGGAGUAAAACACACACACUACUUCCUGAAAUUGUGAAAUGGAGACUCUUUAUUUAGGCUAUUUUGUAAAACUUUUUGAUAUAACUGUACACAUUUACAAGAUCAGUUUCCACUGUAGUAGUACUUUAAGAAUAAUCUAGUCAUAUUUUUAAAUCAUAUAUAAUUAGAUUUUAUAAUAUGUAUAAUUUUUCACAUAUAAUUAGAUCCUUGUAAUUUUACAAUAUAGUUCUUUGUAUCAAAUAACUAUGUAUCAAAUACAAUAGAUUUUAUAAUUAAGACAUUGGAAAAUUAUGUGGACAUAGUGAAACACUUCAUUUAUUUGAGAAUUCAGUGUUUAAUAUUUUAAUCCUAGAAAAGUGACUUGAGCAAGUUUUUUUUUGGGUUUCUUAAGAAUCACAUUUAGGGAACCAUCUCACAGACUACUGCAUAUAACUUACAUCCUUACAGGGCUUUCUGAUACACAAAAUGCUUUUCAGACACUGUUUUUAUUUAAACCAUACAACAUGCCUGUGAGGCAGAGCCAGCAGGUAUUUUUAUUCUUGCUUUUCAGUUAGGGAAAUAGCACUAAAGAGAAAUAAAGCACCUUGUCUUGGAGCUGAGACUCACACCUAAGUCUUCUGAUUCUGUGUCCAGGCCCCUUUGCACCGCACCUUGCUGUCCCUGCAGAGGGAGAUCCAGCCCCACACACAGGGCCGCAGUUCUGCUGCUGAGGCUGAGUUCUGCAGCUGUGUGCUCCUGGGUCCACACCCGUUCAGGAGUCACGCUCUCUGGUCAAACAUGGUCCCCGCAUAACCCUACCAUUCCACUGUAGGCUUUCCCCAGUUCUUCACCCCCAAACACUCAUUAAGGACGGGCAGGACUGGGUGAUGUUUUUUUAAUAGGCCUCUUUUUCAACAACUCACAUUUUUCUGAAGUCAUGGGACUGGCCAUCAGGCAUUUACUCUACUUAGAUGCUCUUGACAGAGGGAGCAUUUGAGGGGAGGUGAUGAAGAGGGACAUGUGGAACCUUCUUUUCUAUCAAAAGAAACAUCCUUGAAUUCUUCUGCUGUGAGUUCAAGACCGACCUCAUUGUCACUGAUGUCCCCUCCAAACUGAUGAUACCUUUGACCAUAUUUUGUUGUAAGAAUGCUGCUAGAUAGUUUCUGGAAGAAAGGAGCCAUUGACAUGGAGAGCUAAAGAUUUUCUCUUAGUUUAACAAUUUAAACCUGGGACUGGGAACUGGGGUGGACUGGGAAGGAAGUCUUUUUAAAUGUCCUGGACAUUAGUUACCAACUGAAUAAUAAAAAGGGAUUUAUUCCAAUCAAAUAUUACUAUAUUGUUAGGUAAUAUACUUAAAAAGAAUCACUGAUUAAUCAGAAUGCCCUAGUCCCAAACCAUGCCUGACAACACUGAAAAGUCACUGUCACUCUGCCCUCUUCUCCUCCCCGCCACCACGGCUCUAACCACCCCUCCUCCUCCACCUGCCCCCCUUCUCUCUUGCUCUCCCUCCCUCUUGCCCUUCCUCCCCACUUCUGAAAUACAAAUAGGAAAAAGGGACUCAGAAUCUUGAGGAUCACCUGAUUUAGUGAUUUUCAAACAUCUGUUGAUGAAAAAGAUUCAUUUUUCAAUUGAAUUCUCAUGCAGAAUCCCAAUAUAUGUAACAGAUAUUUUUAAAUAUUGCUGCCCUGCUUGAAACAAUAUUGAGGCCUGGAGCCCAUUAAAGCAGCCCCCAGCACGACUUGCGCUAACCUGGAGCUCCUUAUAAUAUAGUGGAAGGAUCAUCAAUUGUCACCAUUUUAUGGAUGAGUAAACUGAGAUCCUAAGAGUUCACACGCUAGUGGCCAGGUCACACAGCCCCUAUGUGUGGAAGCUGGGGUCGUGAAGUCCAUUCUCUGAAGCCCCUGUGCAGAGCUGCUUAAAUCGUUUGGGUGUGACACGGUGGGCAGAACUGGGAUCUGUGGGUCAGUUUUACAAAGAGGCAGAUCCCAGUUCAGGACAAUAAGGAACUUGCUGGUAGUUGAUCUCAUCAGGAACGAGUGCCUCAGGACAAGGGAGCACUAUCCCAGGAAGCGUUCAGGAAGACCGAGCACUCAAUCUGAAUUCCUCAUGGGAACGUUGCUGAAGGUUCAGCGUCCCCGUUGGCUGGACCGUGUGAGUGCUGUCUGAGGUUCCUUCCUCUUUAUUCUUCUGUGACCUCUAACCCAACAGACAAAUGCCCCAAGGGGGGGCUCUAAGAAACAUAUGGUGGGGACUCAUUAAGAAUCCUUAUCCAAUGCAAACAGAACUGUAAGAUUAAUUUUUGAUGAGUUGACACUUAUAUAACUAGUCUUUCUUUAAUAUAAAAUCAAUCCUAUUGAUAUGAUCACCAUUAAGUCUUCUGUGUUGAUCCACUGACUCAGAUUUCAGGGUUAUAAAGAGUGACCAGGUGUAGUCAUCCUUACUCAUUUAUUCUCAGAAUAUUUACUGAGCACCAACAACAUGCCAGGCAUGGCGCUAGGCACUGUGGUGAUGUAGAGAAGAAGUAGCUGACCAUUUCCUGGAUGCUGCUUGCCAUUGGUUAAAAAGCAAAAAGCUUCUCAGGUGGCCAGAACUGAACAGCUUCUCUUUGAUUUUUGAAUUUUAAAAAUAACCUGUUUCAAUUUAAAAACGUCAUAUAGAACUGAAUGAAGUAAAAAAGAAAAUAGCCAAUCUGACUUUCCAGAGGCAGCCACCACUAAUACUUGGAUGAGUAUUUUUCCUCAAAGAAAGUCAUAUGUUGAGCAGCUUUCUUUUGACUUAAGUAUUGUGGUCAUUUUUUUCAUGUCAAUACAUAGAUUAAUGUCAUAUUUCAAAUGUCUGCAUAAUAUAUCACUAUCCAGAUAACUACUAAUUUCUGUAGCCAGCAUCUAUUGAUGAACAUGUAGGCUGUUUUAAGUUGGCUUCUCUUACUAACAAUGUCACAGUGAACAUUCUGUGUGUCCAGUAAAUCUUUUUCUUCAUGUCUGUGCACUCUUCUGCCAAUAUGUCCAUAGUGGGAAUACAUUUGUAAGUAAAAAUACCCAAGUCCAGGGUCUGUACAUUUUAAUUUUGGUAGAUAUUCAUAAAUUCUCAGAAACAGGACCAUUUUACACUACCAUCAAUACUGUAUGAGAGCUUUUUUUCGUACAUAUUACAGGAUUUUUUUUUACUUCAUAGAUUGCCAAUAACUCUUUUCUGCUUUUGUCCUUAGAAGACUAAUCCUCUUUCCAUCAUCGUCAAAGGUCCUGAGUUUUUUCAUCAUUAGGUUUUAGUUGUCCCUUAGCAGCAAAGACUGACUUGCCGUAUGUUGAAUACAUCAUUACUCUCAUCUUUUUACUUGAAAAUACUGAACUCUCCUACUUUAUACAUAAUGGUGGUGAGGACCAACUUUUCAAUGAUGUGUCCUGGGUGAGAGCCCUUGAUAAAGGCAAAGCAUAGCAUUUACAAAUGCACGUGCAAGUUCUUUAAGCCUCAGUUUCCCUGUCUAAGAACAAUAGUAAUUCCCUGACUCUUCCCAGAUCAGUUAACUCAGAAACCAUUCCCUGACUACCUGCUAAAUGCCAGACAAGAUGCAAGGUCUUCAAGUUGCCAUGGUGAAUAAUUCUGAUUCCCAAAUCAAGAAGCUCAUAAUCUAAAACCUUUCUCCUUUCUUUUUUUUCAAAAACCUUUAUUUUUUCUUAAAGGAGAAGGAGGUUAAGGGUUUGUUUAGUAAGAAUCCCUGAGGAGAGACCCUUUUUUACUUAUUAAAUUUCAAUAACUCCAAAAUAAUAUUAGUGGCACCCCUUGACUAGAAAUGAAAGAAAAGGAACAUAUUGUAUGAAGGGCCUCUCAUAACAAAUGCUAAGCAGCUGUGAAAAUACAGAGUCAAAUGAUACUUUCAUAAACUGUUUGCAAAAUUAAAAAAUAUUGUCUUUUUUCUAGAGGGAAAUGAGCAUGUUUAUUUUCCCUGCUAAGUGAAAUGCAACUUUUUCAAGGGUCAGCAAACUUGAGUUUUACAAUAUAUAGAACAAAAAGAACUGAACUACCCAAACAACUUACACACACUAUCACCUGUAAAGUUUGAGAAGGUGAAAAGAACUUUAAAUAGAACAUGCCUAACAUUAGAAGUAAACUAAGAUGUUUUAACCACAGCUGUCCACAUGUAAUGUCAUUGUGUCUGCAUCAUGAUUAUGUAAAUAUUAAAUGCAAUUAUUUGCUUUCUUCAUAUGACCUUUUACAUUGAAUCAAUACUACUUUUGCUAAUUUGUUUUUUAAGUUUGGUUUUACUCUCAGGGGCAGGGGUGGUCUGAGGGAAAGUAUGAUCAGAUUAACAGCUCUGACACCCCCAUUCCCAUUCCCCCAUCACCUAAUUAUUCUCUAUCACUUUACCUUGUUCACUCCUUUUACAUUAUUUGUCUAUUUGUAAUUAUCUGUUUAUUGUCUGCCUUAGUAUUGGGAGUAAGCUCCAUGAGGGUGGGAUUUAUCUGCUUGUUCGCCACUGAGGAGGAUCUGGCGUAGUGCCUGUCACAUGGUAGGUGUUCAAUAUAUACUUGUUAAAUUGAAUGUGUAGUGUGCUGCACAUAACUAAGAUUUAGGCCCCAGUGUAAUUCUCAUGCCCUUGUAUUCAUUUAUUUACUUAAAUACUUAACCCAGUGCUACUAGCUCCCAGACACUUCGCUAAGUACUAAGGUCACAGUGCAGAGCAGACAUGAUCCUAGCUGUUCCAUGAUUAUUUUUUAUGCAAAGGCAUUCAACUGAAAUUAACCAAAGUAUUUUUCCAUUUAGUCUUUCUUCUCCUUCCUAAUCCCAUACUUGAAUUUCAAGGACUUUUGAUCUGUAGUGUUUUGAGAAAGGGAUGUGACAUCAGAAAGCACUGGAACACAUGCUUUUCUUGAGUUUCGAAAGUCUGGCUCCUUAGGAAACUAGAAAAGAUUCAUGGUGCAGAUCAGAGAUUGGAGAACAUGUAUGAUGCAGAAGAGCAAGGCUUUCCUGCUGUCUGUCUAGGAAAUAAUUCCCCUGGUGUGGGAGGGAAAUAAAAACAGAAGUGUUGGUGGGGCUCAGGGAAUGCACCCGGGCCCCACAUCCUGGGCCACUUUCCCGGAAGCAGCAAAACCCCAAUUAUAUUUGUUAGUUUUGAGAACAGGGGAGACCCAUUCUUCACAGUGUGCUAGGGUAGAAGCGAUCGCAUUGUGUGCCUGGAUGGAUGACGCCUCAGACAACUGCAGUGGGCUCCUUCCAGACGAGUGGGGCCCAGGUUGGGCGGUCACAUUGAUUUCUGUGAACCUAAAAGGAUCACAGGAGUGACAGGAAGACGCACUGGACCUAUAUAAGGAGUUUCCAUUCAAUCCCCACGGCCUCUCAGUGGACCCAGUUUGAACAAUGACAUCAGACCAUCCAAACCCAGAGUGCCUGGGCACCAGAUAAGCCUCCCAGAGGUUAGCAGUGAUUUCAGAGAGUAGAGAGAACUGCAAACCGACUGAGAUUAGUGUUGGUGAAGAUCACUUAAUCCCUACCUCUGAUGUUUCCUUCCUUAUGGAAGGAGCUCCUUUAUUACCUGGAUAAUUACAAGGUAGCGAUACCUUCCCACCUCUUUCCCAUACCUUUGCGCAUCAGUCUACAUACCUAGACUGUCAGAAUUCUCUUUCUGAAACAAAUUCGAGUCUAUUGCCCCUUUGCUGCUCAUCAGUAGGUCCGUAGUACACACCAUUAUCAGACCCCUUCCUCUUUCUCUCCAGUCUGCACAGCCAUUCAAAUAGACUGCUCUGUGACUGGGGACCUUCUGCCUCAUUCCCUCAUUGGAUUCCUUCCCAUAUCCUUCGAGACACCACUCUCAGUUUACCUCCUCUGUGAAGACCUUGGCAUGUGCUGCCUUCCCCACACCCAGCACUGGCCCUCUGCAGCUGCCCCCUCUGCGUUCUCCCAUAUGUGGCCAGCUCUUCUGCCCAUUCAGGAGCGAUAGAGCAAGAACUUCCACCCCAAGAGGAGUUGCUGACCUGUUUGUCUAGACAUGCAUCGCAUUACUACAUUUAUUUACUAAUUUACUUUUAUCUAAUGUGAGUUACUGAGUCUUACAGGCUUGAGAUAUGGCCCUACCCUCUCUUUGUGCUUUCUCUCUCCAUGCGGUAACAAAAAUCAGAACUCUGGUAAAAGCCAACUAGUCUUUCACUGUGGCUGUACCACUCAACAUCAGCCAGGUGAGUGAAUCAGGUUGGGAGGCAAAUGGGAAAACAGAAAGGUGGCUCAGGUAGUUUCUUAGUUGGUUGCAUUGGGGUGCCUUUGUUUAGAACCCCAGAGGGUAAGGUUAGUUGGGAGGAGUGACACUCUAAAAUCCUACCCUAUUCUAACACAGCAAACCUUUUAAUAAAGCCUCUAUCAUAGUAUAUUUGCAAUUAAUUUGGAUGGGAAAGGGAGGUGUGUGUCUCUCCUACUAGAUUUGAGCCAUUUAAGUCAGAAUCCACAUAUUAUUUUUAUCCCUCACACAAGACAUGGCACAGUAAUAGUCACUGGAUGUUUACAGAACAAAUUUUAAAAGUGAUUCAUUCUUUCCACAAACUCUUUUAGCUAUUUCCUGUUUCUGGCAGAGAAAGACAAAAUGAAAAAGAAAAUGAGAUGGGAGUUUAACUAAACAUGUCUACACUAACCAGUUCUACUAACAUUGGAACAAUAUAAUGGAUUUGCUAAAGAAGGUGUAUGCUGAGUAAAUCUGGCCAUAAAACUCACAGUAUGAUUGCAGUGGAAGGAUUGUAAAGCACAUGCUCAAAUAUUGUUGAUUUGCCCAAGGAUGUGAAAAAAGACAACAGAAUGAUUUUGGUACGGAAGGGUACAUAAAGCCUAAAAGCAAAAUACAAAGUUACUGCAUUUCAAGGCAACCAAACUUUGGCUCUUCUAGGUUAAUUAAUCAUGUUGCUGAAGAAUUGAUGGGCACAAGGGAGCUGUGUUUUGCCACAGUUCUCUGAAAGUGCAGAAAUUAUCCCAUCUAUAAUGAAACCCACUGGAAUUGUUUGACUGUUGCUGUUUCACAAUAGACAAAUUCAUCUUUCAUCAGCAAAAUAUGGGAAGGAAAAACAGGAAGACAAAACAAAUUGGGUGGAUAAUAAAGUUGCCCUGGCAUAUAAACAUUUCAGGCAUUUCCCUGAAGUGGAAUAUGGAAAGAUAUUUGUAGGCAAGCCCUAUUUCUAUAUACUGAGUAGUUUUAUCGUUCAGGGAAGUGAUUCAUGCAUUUCAUCUAAUACCAGCUUUUAAUAUUCGUGUGAUGAUCACAUAGGUUAUAUGUCAUUUUGUGAUCACCACAAAAAAUAAAAUAGAAAAUCUGGAACCAAAUUAAAUGCAUUGAUUCUUCUCUGAAUGGUAAGUGCUCAAUACAAGGAAAAUCUUAAGGAAAUAGGAUGCGUGUGCACACACACACGCACACUUAGUAUAUGUGUACAUGUGUGUGUGUAUAUAUAUAUGUAUAUAUAUAUGUACACACUCUGGAGGAAUAAGAAAUUUUUAAUAGACUGAAGUCUAUAAAACUUCAAGGGUAAGACCACUCACCAGUGGAACUCCUACAAAUCAUAGAAGGUGAGAUGUCUAUGAAGUUUAUCCCAAUUUCCUCAAUGUUGCUAAGGCUGUUCAUUGAUUAUAUUUCUUCUGUUUCUUUGAGUUUCGGAUUAGUACUUCACCAAAUUUAAGACCCCAUCAAUUAUAAGACUCACCAUUAUUUUAUGUAUCAUAAAAAAUGAAAAAAAGCAUUUAAAAUGUUACAUAGUACUUUGAACUUUUGUCUUAUGUAAAUCUAAGAACUGUUUGAACAUAGAUUUUUAUUGUGUGUAUAUAUAAAGUGAAAUGCAAAUAAAUUGUGAUACCUCCAAAAUUUAUAGAUACUCAGAA